CCAAUCUUUCCUAGAUCUAUCUCAUCUUGGAUUCACAAUAUUUCCUGCAAAAUGGGUGCAUUUUGUUCGUCUGUUGUUGUGCUACUUUUGAUGAUGCUAUUUGUGGACCAAGUAUAUGGGAAACAGAAUGAUAAGAACGAGUUUGAAAGAUCAUCGGCAAACAAGGGAUGCGAUAUUUAUGAAGGAAAAUGGGUUUACGAUGAUUCAUAUCCUCUUUAUAAUUCAAGCCGAUGUAACUUCAUAAACUUCAUCUUCGAUUGUCAGAAGAAUGGUCGACCAGACACAAACUAUCUCAAAUAUAGAUGGCAACCUUAUGCAUGCAACCUACCUAGCUUUGAUGGGGAAGAUUUUUUAAAGAGAUUUAAAAAUAAAAGAAUCAUGUUUAUUGGAGAUUCAAUAAGCUUGAACCAGUGGCAGUCCCUUGCAUGCAUGAUAAUUCAAACAGCCAUGCUAGACUCUGCGGAUUACACCCUAGAGAGAAUACGAGCUGUCUCUACAUUCACAUUUCUGAACCACAAUGUUUCCUUAUUGUUCCAUCGCAAAGCAUACUUGGUUGACAUUGUCGAAAAGAGAUAUGGGAAGGUUCUGGAGCUCCAAAAAAUUAGUGGCGGAAUGUGGAAGCAAAUGGAUGUUCUGGUUUUCAACUCUUGGCAUUGGUGGACUUUCAGUCCAGCUAAGCGAAAAUGGGAUCUAAUUUUUGAUCGGCAUAAGUUAUAUCGACACAUGGGCCAGCUAGUUAGCUAUGAAAAAGCCUUGAAUACUUGGGCUGGAUGGGUGGACGAAGAAGUUGAUAAGAAAAUCAAGGUCUUCUUUCAGGGAAUUUCUCCUUCUACUAAGAAGAGAAAUUGCUACAAAGAAAAAGGACCAUUAAACGGGCCAGCAUACCCGGAAGGAAAGCCUCAAGCAGAAGUGAUAGUGGAGAAGGUGUUGAAAAGCAUGUCCAAGGAAGUUCAUUUGCUGCAUAUAACAAGUCUGUCACAAAAGAGAACAGAUGCACACCCAUCCAUAUAUGCCAAUGCCAACCAUACAAGUAUGGACUGCCUUCAUUGGUGCCUACCUGGGCUUCCUGAUACUUGGAACAACCUUCUUUAUGCUGAGCUCAUUAGGAUAUGAUGGGCUUGCAAAUAUUACUUUGAUUUAUUUGACUUUAAAGCUUUUACAAUACAUUUACCCCAAAAAACAAAAACCAAAAAAAAAAAAAAAAAAACUUUUACAAUGUGAUUUCGGCAUUUAAAUUAAAAAUAUUCAUAUUGCAAUUCUCUAUUUAAAAGACAUAAAAUAAUAAAAUUUUAUAGAUGAAGUUAUUUCCUUCAGCAGA